AUGGAUGAAGAAAGCUUUGACGUUAUUAUUGUAGGCGCUGGUUGGUACGGGCUCAUCGCUGCAGCGACGUACUUGCAGCUAGCCCCUGACGUCAAUCUCGUUAUAGUUGAUAACAGUGCCUCAAUCGGUGGUGUUUGGAGCAAGGAAAAGAUAUAUCCCAACCUUUUCGCACAGGUUGGCCAUGGCCUGUUUGAGUAUUCUUUUUACCGCAUGAAAAAGGAAGGGCUCACACCGGACCGAUAUAUCUCCGGUCAGACUAUUCAUGAUUACCUGAAUGGCUUCGCACGCGAUUAUGACCUAGUUCGUCGAAUACGGCUUAAUGUACAAGUUACCAAGCUUGACCAUUUGGAUGGGUCUGGAUGGCGUCUUUAUUGUCAUGACGGCAAAACAAUUCGCGGAGACAAAGUAAUAUACGCCUCCGGUGUGUCUUCGGAUCCAUACACUCCAACCAUCCCUAAUAAGAACUUUACGAAACCGGUAAUUCAUUCCUCCCAAAUACCAUCCUCUCUUGAGGCCCUCCAAGGGCCCGAAACGCGACGCGCGACAGUUGUUGGCGCAGCGAAGUCUUCAUACGACACUGUAUUCUUGUUGUUAGAAGCGGGCAAAAGUGUCGACUGGAUUAUCCGCGAAGAAGGCGCUGGUCCACUGGCAAUCAUGCCUCCUCGUCUUCUUGGCGUUCUCAACACUGUUGAUGUUAUGGCUACUCGAGCUCUGGCUGCUUUCAGCCCAGCUAUUUGCAACACCCAUGGCCUGUGGUACCAAUUUCUGCAUCGGACCAGAGUUGGGCGAGCCAUGACCAAGUUCUUCUGGCGAAAUGUCACCCGUGCUGCAGAGCAUCAUGCUGGGUACUCAAAAAAUGCGAACGCAGCCAAGCUGAGACCAGAGCCACAUGGAUACGGCAUAUUCUGGUGCAAUGCCGGACUGGGACUUGCCAGUGUACCAAAUUUUUGGAAGGUUUUCCAUGCAGGCGAUUGCACUGUUCACCGCACUGAGAUCGCUGAAUUAUCUGACGAGAAAUUUAUCACCCUUGCGAACGGCGUCAAGAUUGAGAGCGAUUACCUUAUUCUCUGCACAGGCUGGACUGCUAACCUAAGUAGCUUCGACGAGCCACUCCGAGAAAAGAUCGGCCUGCCCUCGCAGGCUGACUUCAGCAAGGCGUGGCAAAAGUUGGACAUAAUAGGGGAAGAGAAUGUCAAUAAAUUAUUACCAAUGCUGAGGAACCCUCCAGACACAAUGCGACGCACCUCUGAACGGCGUCCCUGGCGGCUGUACAGGCGUCUGAUCUCUCCUAAUCUGGCUGCUCAAGGCGACCGGUCGAUUUUCUUUCCAGGGCAGAUUCAUUCCGUAUACACACCGCUGGUAGCCGAACUGCAAGCCCUGUGGGGAAUUGCCUUUAUGCUAGGCUUGAUCGACGUCCCCGAAAAAGACGACAUGAAAGUCGAGAUUGCCACCUGGAAUGCGUGGACCCGAAAGCGAUACUUGGAACAGGGACGAAAACAUGCCUAUUCUAUCUAUGACUAUCUUGCCUACAUUGAUACCCUCUGCCAGGACCUUGGUAUCAACACGCGCCGUAAGAGCAAUCCAAUAUCCGAGAUGUUUACCCCAUAUCGGCCGUCUGAUUAUGACGGGUUGAUUAAAGAGUUCUUGCAGGCGCAAAGACAAAGGAGCUCGUUAAAGGAUAGUUACCACGACUAGGUAAUUACAAUACCUUGACAUUGAGGUCCAGGGUGAAGCUUCAAAUGCUCUGUUAGGC